AUGGACAAGCACCCUCCCUCCCUUGAGACGCUCCAGAGAGAGGUCAGUGAACUCAAAGCCGUAUAUCAUGGCCGAGGCUGGACGAACGAAGCAACAGACCUGGAGUCGGCACUGGCGACAGCGGGGAAUCGGGUAGUCGCGCCAGGCGCGGAUUCUGACCCAAUGACAAUAACGCUCGAAGAGUUAAACACUUGUGUAAAGACAUGGCUGCAGGCCAAAUCAUGGAUUGUUGCCGAAGAUUUAGGCAUUCUGGUGCUGGAAUCGUGCGAGAAGCUGAAAGGAGAGCGAGACUUAAUGACCAUGACAGCGAUGCACAAUCUCGCUUCGGCAUAUUGGGGCCGAGGGCAGCUAGAUCAAGCCGCUACUCUCGCUAGUCGGGUGACCAAGUUGAGACAAAGUAUCCUCGGCGAGGAGCAUCCCCAGACAUUGACUUCGAUGGCGAACCUAGCUUCCACGUAUCGGAUUCAAGGGCUUUGGGCUGAUGCUCAGGAACUUGAUGCGAAGGUCUUUGAGGCGAAGAAGAAGACUCUUGGUCCCAGGCAUCCGUCUACCUUGGGUUCAAUGUCUAAUUUGGCUAUAUCGUAUUCCAAUCUCGGUCGGUAUCAAGAGGCCGAGGCAAUUGCGCGGCAACUAGUCCAUCUCGGGGAAAGGGAGUUACCUCCAACCGACACAUCGCUGUUGAACUGGAAACUCACUCUGGCAUCGACCUACCGCGACCAAGGAAGGCUGGAUUCUGCUGAAAAGCUAGAACGGGAGGUUGUCGCUGUCAGUCGGGACUUAUUUGGGACAAAUAACCCCUUCACUUUGACCUCCAUGGCCAACCUAGCAUCCACAUACCGCGAACAAGGCCGAUGGUCGGAUGCCGAACGCCUCGAAAAAGAAGUUGUGGCUAGCAGUGAAACCGUGCUCGGCGAAACACAUCCCCAAACGCUUAUGUCCAUCAGUAACCUUGCUUCAACAUAUCGCAAUCAGGGUCGGCUCGAAGAAGCCAAAAAUCUUGGGGGGAAAGCAACAGCUGUGAUGAAAGAGGUCCUCGGGGAGCGUCAUCCGCACACACUGGUUGCCAUGGCGGAUCUUGCAGUGACAUACCAAAUGAUGAGGCAAUCACCAGAUGCCGAGACCCUGGCCGCCCGGUCUCUUCGUUUGAUGGAGGAGACGAUAGGCAAAGACCAUCCGCACACACUCAGCGCAAUGGCCAAUCUAGGCUUUAUAUACCAGUCGCAAAGCAAGUGGGAGGUUGCCGGUGGAAUGGCCGAAACUGUACAUUCUCGCAGGGAAAAGGUAUUUGGAACGGACCAUCCAGAUACAGUGACAGCACUAGAGGACUUGAGGAGAGUAGCGUGGGUAGAGGCGGCAGAUCAGAAUGCACAGCAUGCCGAUGCAUUAAGCGAUCUUGUACAGUCCAAAGAUAUCCAAAGGUUCCAUGCCCUCGGCGGGGUGAAAGGUUUGGAGGAAGGACUGAGAACCGACGUCCACUCCGGUCUAAGCCUGGACGAGACCUACCUGGAUGCUCCUGUGAAUAUCGCUGCGAGUAUAACCACUGCACCAACCGAAAAGACCCCUAUCCCUGAACCUCGUAUCUCGACAGAGCUUGAUCACGAUGCAUUUGCCGACAGAAGGAAAUUCUUCGGGGACAAUCGUUUACCCAUAAAACCAUCCCCGAGCUUCCUAUCAUUGAUGUGGGCAGCCUACAACGACCACGUCCUAUUCCUUCUAACUGGGGCUGCUAUUAUUUCGCUUGCUUUGGGGUUGUACCAGACAUUUGGAACCAAGCGUACUUCUAAUCACCCGCCUGUCGAAUGGGUGGAAGGCGUUGCCAUUCUCGUCGCUAUCGUCGUCAUUACUCUUGCUGGUGCCGCAAAUGACUAUCAGAAGGAGUACAAGUUCCGGAAACUCAAUAAGAAACAACAAGAUCGCAAUGUUUGGGUCCUCCGAUCUGCGAGGAUUCACGAGGUUCCUAUCUCCGAGGUGAUGGUUGGUGAUAUUGUCCACAUCAGUCCUGGAGAUAUCGUGCCUGCUGAUGGGGUGUUGAUAAGGGGUCACCAAGUCAAAUGCGAUGAGUCGUCGGCAACUGGUGAGUCUGACCCAGUCGAUAAAAGUGCUAUCGAUACGACUCGUGCUAGUGGCUCUCAUGAGAUCGACAUCGAUCCCUUCAUCCUCUCUCAUACCAAGAUCGUGGGAGGUGUCGGUGCGUAUGUCAUCCUAGCUACAGGCACAAAAUCAAGCUACGGCAGAAUCCUCCUAUCUCUCGACACAGAUCCAGGGUUCACUCCGCUUCAAAUACGACUCAGCAAUCUUGCAAAGAACAUCGCCCGCUUUGGUGCACUUGCGGCGCUUGUGUUGUUCAUAAUCUUGCUUAUCAAGUUCUGUGUCGGUCUCCGGAAUAGCACCGAAUCCGCCUCGGAAAAGGGGCAAUCUUUUCUGAAUGUUUUCAUUCUGGCCUUAACUGUCGUUGUGAUAGCAGUCCCUGAAGGACUUCCCUUGGCGGUUACACUCGCCUUGUCAUUUGCCACUACUCGGAUGAUGAAAGAUAACAACUUGGUUCGACAGCUCCGAGCAUGCGAAACGAUGGGACAAGCCACGGAUAUCUGUUCAGACAAAACGGGAACCCUAACACAGAAUGAAAUGAGUGUUGUCUCUGGUUUCUUCGAUGCUACCUCGCAAUUUAAUGAUCGAGGUAGCACUCCAGAUAUUCCAGUUGAAAAUUCCCUAUCCGUGGCAAGAUGCAUGGGCAAUCUCUCGGAUCAAUCAAGGUCCCUUUUGAGGCAAUCCAUUGUGAUCAACUCGACUGCAAUUGAAAGUCAAUAUGAUGGAGGCCGACAAUUUCUUGGAUCCCAAACUGAGGCCGCCUUAUUGAGAUUCUCUCAGGACUAUCUCGAGCUAGGACAGCUUGACUAUGACCGCGCCAGUGCGGAAGUUGUGGAUCUUUUACCUUUCGAUGCUUCUCGCAAAUACAUGGUCACAGUUGUGAAACUGGCGAGCGGGUUAUAUCGAUCAUAUGUGAAGGGUGCUCCUGAGAUUCUCCUUGAGAAAUGCGUGGCCACAAUUGCACAGCCAAUGCAAGGACUUGGCACUUCUCCAAUCACGGAGGAGGAUAUUGAGCAAAUACGUCGGACAAUUUUUCAGUAUGCCUCACGAUCCUUGCGCACCAUUGCGGUUUGCUUCCGUGAUGUGGAGCAUUUGCCUUUCCUGGACGAGCAGGAAACCGUCAACUUCGAGGAGCUAAUGAAAGAGCUUACAUUUCAAGGAAUUCUGGGUCUCCGAGACCCUCUCCGGGCCGACGCUUGGUGUGCUGUAGAUACCAGCCAUAAAGCAGGUCUCACUGUACGCAUGGUUACCGGUGACAACCUUCUAACAGCAAGAGCCAUUGCAGAAGAAUGUGGAAUCAUCAACAGUCCAGACGAUCUUGUGAUGGAAGGCGAUAAAUUCCGUGCGCUAGAUGAACUACAGCAAAAGGAGCUAGUUCUACGUCUCAAGGUUCUUGCCCGAUCUCGUCCAGAUGAUAAGCGGGUUCUGGUCCAGCGUCUAAAGGAUCUUGGGAGAGUCGUUGCUGUUACGGGAGACGGUACCAACGAUGCUCCUGCCCUUGCAGCUGCUGAUAUCGGUUUCUCUAUGGGAAUAUCUGGCACUGAAAUUGCUCGUGAGGCCUCCUCUAUUGUCCUGAUGGAUGAUACGUUUUCUUCGAUUGUCAAGGCUAUCAUGUGGGGAAGAGCAGUUAGCGAUGCUGUCAAGAAAUUUCUGCAGUUCCAAAUUACCAUCACCUUCACAUCCGUGGGCCUGGCAUUUGUCUCGGCGGUAGCUGACUCAUCGCAGGAGUCCGUUUUGACACCAGUUCAGCUGAUGUGGGUAAACCUCUUUCAAGACACUCUAGCAGCUCUGGCGCUAGCAACUGAUCCUCCUCCUCGCCGGAUCCUUGACCGCAAACCCGAAUCGAGAUCUACACCUUUGAUCACCCCUACUAUGUGGAAGAUGAUAAUUGGCCAGUCUGUGUAUCAGAUGGCAGUAACGCUCGUCCUGUACUUUGCGGGCUCUUCUAUCUUUUCCUAUCACAGUUCUCUUCAAAAAUCACAGUUACAGACAGCUGUUUUCAACACCUAUGUCUGGAUGCAGAUUUUCAACAUGUACAACAAUCGACAGAUCGAGCGAUCAUUUAACCUUAUCGAAGGGAUACAUCAUAACUGGCUCUUUAUAGCAAUCACCUGCGUUAUGAUGAGCGCUCAAAUCCUGAUUAUGCUCGUCGGCGGGCGGGCAUUCUCAAUCACAAAGUUGACUGGUGACCAAUGGGCAUAUUCUGUCAUUCUCGGUGCAAUAUCCAUUCCCAUCGGGUUCCUUUUGCAGGCUAUUCCCGAUGUCGUUGUUGAGAGACCAAUGGCAGACAUUGGGAGGUUAUGGGACCGUAUCCGCGCCAAAGUAGCCUCCAUUGCCAUCGACCUGUCAGAUCCCAUGUGGGGCCGCUUGAUUGUGGCCGUGAGGCAAACUUGGGAGUCUCGGGUACUUCGACUAUCUCACGAUGAUCCGAUUCGUCGCUCUAAGAUUUUGACCAUAUCAUGGGUCGGAGACGAGAGUGGAGUCGCUUUCUUUGUUUGGAGAGAAAGCCCUAGACAGGUCGUCAAUUACAAGUUGGACGGGAGCAUGAUGUCCACUUCCGAAUAUUCGGCCUUUUUGGCAGAGGAUCGCCGCCAGCCGGCGAUUAUCGGCAUGGUCGUUGUGACAACGCUCUCGUUACUUGUCGUUCUGGUUCGUUUGUAUGCUCGGGGGUAUCGGAUUCAUGAACUAGGAUGGGAUGACCUCACAAUCGUGAUCGCACAGUUGGUCAGCUGGGUAGUCUUGUGGCUCUCACUAAUGGGCAUUCACCAUGGCUCCGGUAAACAUAUGGCAGCGUUGACAGACGACCCGGAAGGCAUGAUGCACAUGUACAAGUGGCUUCUUGGGACUCAACUGGUGUAUAUGUUCAAUAUCUGGCUGUGUCGCAUCUCCGGCAUCGCGUUUUAUGCUCGUCUCAACCAGAUGCCGCGAUUUACCCUCUAUAUCCGUAUUUCUUUUGUGUUUGUGACACUUGUGUAUGUGGCGCAGACAAUCAUCACUGCUCUGCAGUGCAUUGUUCCUCUGGGUGCUCUAUGGGGUGUGGAAGGUAAAUGCAUGGGCGCCGGGAUUGUUUUCAUUUCGACUUCUGGGCUCAGUAUCAUUUGUGACUCACUUGUACUGCUGUUGCCAAUGAACAUUGUGUUCUCGCUGCAGGCAAAUUUAGCAAGAAAGCUAACCUUGGCUGUUGUACUUUGCAUGGGGGUUUUUGCGGUUAUAACGUCUAUUAUGCGAACGGUGUCCAUGACAGUGGCCUUGAAACACCCGAAUGACGCAACUUGGUAUUUCCCUGGUGUGAUGAUAUGGUCAGCCACAGAAAUUAGUGCCGCCAUCAUCGCUCUUUCUCUCCCAGCGUUGCGAGCUUUGUUCGGUGUUUGGAACAGAAAUCGAUCGAGGAAUGAAACUAAGGCAAUUGACCUUCAGCUGAUACCACAGUCGGCAAAGCAGCCUAUGUUUGAUGGAUGUCAUGCUGAUGGGGCGUCAUUCGAUGUGGAUUGGAGGAUAAACAGAAGCCAGGGUGUCAAGGAUGAGGAGGUCCGAGUUGAGGAGAUAGUUCGCGUGGGUAUUGGGAGGCGCUUGUCCCGGUAG